AUGAAAUUCGUUUUUUUUAUCCUUGCUAUUCUACUUGGUUUGGCGCCUAUCACCACGAGCAUUAGCUGCUAUUAUUGCUUGGGUUGUGAUGCCAAUACUGCCUUGAGCUCGGAUGGUGUUACAACAUAUAAUUUGUGCAUAACAUAUUAUAGCAACGGCGUCUGGUAUCGCAGUGGUGUACCUAUCUACCAGAGCUGUUCAGCAUACAUUGCAACCACGACAAACUUGGGUGUCACCAAUGUGAACUGUUGCACAACAAACUUGUGCAAUGGGGUUAAAACGAGAGCAGGCAGUCUCGUUUUGACUCUUGGAAUAGCGAUUUUCUCCAUCAUUGGGUUUUUAUAA